GUGUGUUGUUUUUAAACACGAUCAGUACCGAACGAGGUAAAAGCAGAAUCUGUUAUACAAAUUCCUUUAGUUUCACAAUUGUCAAUAAUAGAACAUUUCUUUUAUUCAUACUUUCCUUUCCUUUAAAAAAAAAUUCUGUUCAUUCAUAACAAUAUAUGUACUUAUAAUAUAAAAUAUAUAAUGAGCAUUUUAAUAUACAUGGAGAAAGUGAAUAACGAAAAUAAAAUCAUGACCCCCACUAAAUAAAUAUAAAAGUUGAACACCACAAGUUAUUUCUGGAUAAACACGCGUAAAGCCCGCGCACACAGAGAGCGGUCAGGAGUUCCGAGUUCCGCGUUCAGCGUUCAUUAGAAUAUACCGAGUCUAUAACAACAACGCACACAGAGAGCAGUCUGACCGCGGCGGUCAAAGCAGAACGUCGCGUUCCAAGAGUUCUUUUCCCGCCAAGACAGGGAACGCCGGAAACGCCGCUAUGUCUGAGCUUGCAAACACGGAAAAGUUGAUUGAAUUGGUUAAGGAAAGGAGUUUAUUAUACGAUUUAAGUAAUAUAGACUACAAAAACCGCGAUAAAAAAGCUGAAGCUUGGCUCGAAAUUGCCACAGAAAUGGGAUUUGGAGAGAGUAAAGUAUGGAUAACCAAGUGGAAAAGUCUGAGGGAUAACUACAACAAGUACAAGAAAAAUAAUGAAUCUUCAACAGGCCAGGCUUAUAAAAAGUAUAAGUCUUGGCCAUGGGCCUCGCAAUUGAGAUUUUUAGACGAUUUUAAUAUAAAAAGACAAACAGAAAGUAGUAGUCAACGUUCUCCAGCCAAUAAUCAUACCAGUGUUACAUCCGACACAGAGAACUCUACGAUGAAUGAAACAGAAGUUACUACACAUUCUGAAGUUUCUGUAUAUGCAACUGAAUCAAGCAAUCAACUUACGAGAAAACGAAUAAAAACGAGCGCAGAUCCCAGUGAUUGUGAUAAAAUACUAGAAUAUUUAAAAAAUAAAAAUGAAACAAAAGCCAAAAUGGAUGGAGUCAAUCUUUUUUUUUUAAGUUAUGCGCAAACGUUUAAGACAUUCCCACCUAGAAUGCAAAGUAUGGUAAAGCUAGAAAUAGCCUCUCUAUUUGCCCGGUACGAGCUACAACUAGCAGAAGGGAGUGAUGCACACUUGCAUUCUCGAGUUGAAGAAGUAGAAGCUGCUGAGCUCCACAAGAACAAUAAUUCCUCAUCGGAUGACGAACUUUCUAGUGACAUGUUGAAUGUGCAAAAACCCAAAUGA